CAGUGCUCAGCAUUAGACAGAGCUGUACCCGGGGUAUACGGUGCAGGGAGACUAUAGUGUGGCAGCGCAUCUACUGAGGGACUCCCGGGCUGCAUCCUUUACUAUUUCUUAUUUUAUUGACUUAGAGCCAUGAAGUCCCCGACAGUGAAGACAUCCAGAAGAGCUGCCUUCCUUGAAGACGAUGAUUUAAAUGCUGUGUUGUGUGAGUUUGAUGCGGUGUUAGAAGAUUUCUCCUCUCCUUUCAACAAGAGGCGAUUCCGAUAUGAUGAGCACCUGCGGACCAUGAAGAGGAGGAGCAGUGCUAGUAUCAGUGACAGUGGAAUCUCCGACUCAGAAAGUGCAGAAUCACUUUGUAGAAACAGCUUUAGUUUCAGUGAUGAAAAACUCAACUCGCCAACACUCUCUUCUCCAUCACACUCCUCACCAGUAGAGACUCCACGUAAAGCUAAACUUGGAGAUACAAAAGAACUGGAAGAUUUUAUUGCAGAUCUUGACAGGACACUUGCAAGCAUGUGAAGCACUGUACAGCUGGUCACCCAGUGUGAUCUCUGAAAUGACUUAUGAAGUAUCGUUACAGUACGGCAGACGUUUCCAGCUGCAGACCAUACCUAAUAACGCUCUGAUCUCAGCAUAUGAACCUGCUGCACCGUGUUAGAAAGCCUGAUAUGUCUUUAUAUUACUUUGAAGAUACAGUGGACUGUAUUUUUUUACAUAAAUACUGCUUGUAAUUUAAAAUGCUUUUUAUGGAGAAUUUGUAAUAUUAUAGUUGAAACAAAUGUAAUGAAGCUUCUCCCCCCCAAUAUAAUAUAUUUUUGUACACAAAUAAAACAUUGUCUGGAUUUUA